AUGGUUCCUCGAGAUACGCAUGGGGACAUUGUUGUUGAGUCGAGUUGGAAGUCGGGGGCCCGAACUUCUCUCGUACUACCACAGGCACCAGGUCUCGUUGGAGUAUAUCGUGAUGAUGGAUCUACCAAGAGUGUAGCAAUACAAACAAAGAACCAGCUGAAUGAUGUGACUGCUACUACCUCUAGAGAAGAAUUGUCAACUUCUACACUUACCUCGGUCCCUGCCGGUCCAGUUCACGAGAGUAUGGUCCAGGCUGUAGACGAUAUGGCCCCUGGAGUUGAUGAUGUAGGAAGACCAAGGCUUUUGCGGGCGGCGCUGUGGGGAAGAGCGGACCUUGUGGCUGAUCUACUCCAUCGCGGAGCUGAUAUAACCCAGUCGAGCCCAUCUGGAAUCACAGCAGUUCACGUAGCCGCAAUGACUGGUGAUGCUGCUGUUAUACGAGUGAUUGUUGAGCACGUUGGUCCCACGAGUAAAGACACGAAGUACUUAGACAUUUUGCGGAAAACCCGAGGUGUGGCUUCGGGAUUAGCCAUCGUCGUUGGUGAACCUCUCACAGAUCUCUCGGCUCUCUUGGAGUUGAAGGACCACUUUGGUCGAGCUGUAGCGGGCAAGGGUGUCCGUGACUUCCAUCGAGCCAUUCGACGAGCCCGUGAAUACGGCCAGAAUGUUUGGGGAUUCGUCAAUGGCGACUCCGAGGCCAUCAUGGAGGCAGUGCUCCCGCGGUGCUACAAAGACCGGGUGAAGUUCAGGAUGCGAAGGAUGCCUAUCCCGAUUAACCCCGACUGUAUGCAGGGUGGGUUCACAGCCCUGCAUAGAGCUGCAUGUGAUGGUAGCGUCAGAAAGACUAAGUUCGUUCUCGCUUCUGGUGGAGAUGUGAAUAAAUUAUGCGAAGUGAGAAGGGAAACGGUCUCGUGUGGUUGCUGA